GGCAACAGCGACGCCCCCCUCGAUGUUGGAGGUGAAUCCUCGGGAACCUGGCAACAGGGCGACGCCCCCCCCCCCCAGUGAGACGGGCAGCUCGCGUGGCGCAAGGCCCCCAAAGGGCCCCGUGACCUCUCGACCGCGACCCCCCGCGGGGCGAAUGCGCGGCGAGGCGGGAGGCGAGGCAGGAGGCGAGGCGGAGCCGUGCGAGCACCAUGCUGCCGGGCCUGGUGAGCUACAGCAGCAGCAGCAGCUCGGAUGAGGAUGAGGCGGAGGAUCAGGCGGGGCUCGUGUACAGCGGGCGGCCCGGGCCGGUCGAGGCGCGCCGGGACGUGGGGAUGAACCCUCCUCAAGCUGCCCGUCCUCUUGAACGCCUUGCUCGUCGUGCCGGCACGGCCCGAGAACUACAGGGACGCCACCCCGCUGGAGGACGACUUCCCCUGCCCGAGAGUGUACGCAGCAUGUUUGCUGACGAGGAUGAGAAACCCGACGAUGCAGAAGAUGGAAGCCAGCAUGGUGGACGCCUCCGCUCCUUCGCCCAUGAGAGAGGCAACUGGGCGACUUACGUCUACCUGCCAUAUUCAGGGGAUUCCGACUUUGAUGAGCUGGUGGACCUGGUGUUGAGGCGGCUUUGCGAUGUUGGACUGCGCAUGAGUAAACAGGAAGACUUCCACAUCAGCCUCUCGCAGACGGUGGUUCUGCGCUACCACUGGAUCAACCUCUUCUUGCAAACGUUGAGAGAGCGCCUUGGCUCCUACCACCGAUUUAACUGCUUCACCAACAAGGUGAAGGUAUAUACGAACCAGGAGAGAACCAGGACUUUCUUGGGGCUAGAGGCAACGCGAGGGCAGCAGGACUUGCUGGGGUUGGUGACAGAGAUCGAUGGAGCAAUGCAAGAGUUCCAGCUGCAGACAUUUUUCAAGGACACGUCGUUCCACAUGAGUCUGGCGUGGUGUGUUGGAGAUUUGUCAGACCGUUUCAACCAGGACCUUAUAAACCAGUUACAGGAUGUGGUGGAUGAGUUUGAGGACAGCCCACGUUUGCUGCGCAUCCACGCCGAGCAGCUUGUGUGCAAGACAGGACACAAGCUGCACCCUGUACCACUAAGGGAUACAUAAAGCGACUUCACAUUAUUGGCACUGAAAUAUAUGUUAUAUAAUAAAUGUUUACUGUGUAAACAAUCACAAACUUGUUUUCAAAGGUGU